GGGGAGGCGGAAGCGAGCGCGGGAGGCGGCGGGGCCCAUUAAAGCCGACGAGGCGGGCGGGGGGCGCAGCGAUCGGGGUCGGGCCGCGGCGGCAGCAGCAGUGUGAAAGAUGACUUCUAGGAAGAAAGUGUUACUGAAAGUCAUCAUCCUUGGAGACUCUGGGGUGGGAAAGACAUCGCUCAUGAACCAGUAUGUGAACAAGAAAUUCAGCAACCAGUACAAGGCUACGAUAGGUGCAGACUUCCUGACAAAAGAAGUGAUGGUGGAUGACAGGCUAGUGACAAUGCAGAUAUGGGAUACAGCAGGCCAAGAACGGUUUCAGUCUCUGGGAGUUGCCUUCUACAGAGGAGCAGAUUGCUGUGUGCUGGUAUUUGAUGUCACGGCUCCCAACACAUUCAAAACCCUAGACAGCUGGAGGGACGAAUUCCUCAUUCAGGCCAGUCCAAGGGAUCCUGAGAAUUUUCCUUUUGUUGUGCUGGGAAACAAGAUUGACCUAGAAAACAGACAAGUCACCACAAAACGGGCACAAGCCUGGUGCUACAGUAAAAACAACAUCCCCUACUUUGAAACCAGUGCCAAGGAGGCCAUUAAUGUGGAACAAGCUUUCCAGACGAUUGCACGAAAUGCACUUAAACAGGAAACCGAAGUGGAACUUUACAAUGAAUUCCCCGAACCCAUCAAACUAGACAAGACUGACCGAGCGAAGGCUUCUGCGGAGAGCUGCAGCUGCUGAGGGGAGUGGGAGGGGUUGAGCACAGUCCUUCACAAAUGAAUAUCACACUUAGGCCUUCAAACACACAGCCCCUCUUCUGUGUUUAAAAUGAAAUUACAAAAAAAAAAAAAA